AUGCACCCAAUAAACUUCCGAUGGUUCUUUUGUUGUAUAUAUGUCCCGGCUCUUAUUAGAAAAGAUGUAGACACAGAUAAUAUCGAAGGUUCUCUUACUGCACUUAUUCCAGUUGUUAUUGGAAAACAAGUCGGCUCAGGAACUUUACCAAAGUCUCUGGAUCUUUCUCCGUCUUGCCACCCCGGCCUACCCGGAUACAAUCUUAUCAACAAAAAAGGUGGAAGAAAAGAAGUACUAGAUUGGGCAAUAGAUUUGGAAAAUAUAAGCAUGAUUUCAGCUUGGAUGCGAUUUCUUUACAGGGUCUUGACUCUGCGAAAUCGUAAGGUUCCAUUUAAACGGAUUAUCCUUCAUUACUCAAAAGAAUCUCAAAAGACCUGCUUAACGCGUCUACAUGGGCCAUCCGAGAAUCUGGGCGAUGCACCACUUUAAAAUCAAAGUUUGGGAGUUCGAGACUCCACCGAGUUAUAUGCCGCAAAAAUUAUUGAAACUAUUACUGUAAGAAUAGUUAGUAAAAAAUCAGGUCGCGUUUAUAAUUUAAAAUUUACGGAUUACUUUAAAACAUAAAUUUUAUAUUUUUUGUUAAUUGCUGAAUUUUUUAAUAUUUAUAUUAUGACAAUUUCUUACAUCUGUGUAAAUACAAUAUACGCAAAACAUGCAAUGCGUGAUUUUUUUUAUCUGCUGCCGAUGAAAGAAAUAUUAAAUAUUGCGAUGUUACAUACUUAUCAAAAUAUGACGCACGCGGUUGAUAAAAAAUUAUUAUCACAUUUAUUUGCAUAUAUUUUUGAAACUACUGCGUGUCUCAUGAUGCUUCAUAUAUUUUAUUAUAACUAUAACAAAAUAGAAAGUUUUACAUUUUCUAUUUUAAGCUAUCGAUAUACUUUAUCAUCAAUAUUUACCAACAAGUUUUCCUAUAAAUUAGUCAGACGAAAUCGAAUGUGUCAGUAGAUGAUUAUAUAGCAAGUACAUUAUACGCAAGAAAUCGAAAAUGAAAGCUGUAAUUUUAAUAUUUGUUAUAAUUGCGAUUGUUGUUGCAGUUAUUCCGGCUAUUAAUGGAGAACCUGAUCCUGAUCAAUCAUUUCCUUUGAGUAAACUAAAAGAAUGGAUCAAGAGUUCAGUGCAAAAAUUAGAAGAAGAAGGUAUAUAACGAACAUGGAAAAUCAUAAUCGAAAUCUUGAGAAAAAUAUACCUCGCUGAUGUCUGCUAACGUCUGAUAUAACUGUCGGCAUAUAUUCUUAUGAAUAACCUAUAGAAUAUAUUGUAGAAUAACCUAUUUGUGAAUUUUAAAUAAAUGCAAUAACAAAUUAAA